AUGCCGAGCUGUGAACGUAUUCCUCGACAUCAGUUUCAUGACCAGGAGUCAUGGCUUUAUACGGAAAGAUCUGUGCGAGAUUUAACACGGAGCAAACAAUUUCAACGCUACACAAGAUAUGUAGAAUACAAUGAAUGUCUACAAAUGACGUGGUUCAUCGCUCCUAUUGGUCUAACAAUUGCCUUUUAUUAUCACUUUUUGUUUUUACUCUUAGAUACACAUGUGGCCCCUGUACAAGGUACCAUUCUAAAUGCCCCAUUCUUUCCACUCGCAACCGCUGUUUUACUUUUAUUUUUUGCACCAUGUGUGGUGAUUGCACCUUUUAGUGGAUUUUUUGAGCCUAUCUCUCGGCGACAAGCACUAGGACUUGUAGUGCUCUUCACAUUUAUUAACAUUGGUGUGGUCUCUUUUGGGGGCAGUUUUUUUAAUCACCCACCGUAUCUUGUUACAGAACCUCCUGUACCAUGGUUUACAAGUAAGGUAACAGAAGCAACACAAUUGAUAAUGAUUGUAUUGACGCGUGCUUUACCUCUAGAAGGUGGUAUUAUUGCGGGAUGGUUAGUGUAUGAAUGGAGACAAAUGCGUUGGAAAAGAGCAUGGCAAAUUCCACUACCACUUAUUACAGUUCCUCUUUUCGUUGGUAGUUUUGCAUGCUUUUGGUUUCGCUUUGUAACUCUGUUUUCUUCCACUUUUUUUGCAUCUAAUACGGAUUCUGAAGAAAAAGGAGAUGUGGUGCGUGUAAUAAUUUCAGUGAUGUCAACCAUUUGGCAGGACGUAGUUAGUAUUGUCUCUGAGCGUUCAUUGCCUACAGUCUUUACAAACACUGAGAGCUGUUAUCAUUUAUGGUGGACAACAUUGACGCUUUCCAUGCUCUACUUUCUUGGUAAUUUUAUACCCAUCUUCUGUGUCAUUUUUAGACCCAUCUGCUGGAUGUUACCGACACACCCGACAACGUGGAGUCUCAUGCUCAUUUCAUGCUUCGUGGGGCUUGUGACUAUUGUGCGGAGUAAUGAAGGAAGUAUGGCAUACGCUAUGGCUUUUUUUACAGUCUUGUGCAUUUUACUCCACAAUGGCUUCGUAUUACCGCCGUGA